UCCAUCAGUCUUCACUGACAGAGAUACAGGACACACACGCGGCGGUUACUCUCUCACACUCACCGUGUUUAGCAUGGCGUUCCAGGGAUUUAUAUCGGGGGGCGGACUGCGCUCAGCGGGUGUCGCGGUCGGCGUUACAGCUGCUGCUGCGGCCGGCUGUUAUUUACUCUACCAAAAAUGGCGUAAAGCGCGCAAGAGCACCAGAGGUGUCGCGGAGGCGGAGGAACACAUUCCUGAGGGCGCAAACCAGGUAGAACAGGCACCGGUACAAACCGGGUCUGAGGGUGGGAGCCAGGUGGAACAGACGCCGGUACAAACCGUGUCUGAGGAGGGGAGCAUAGUGGAACAGACGCCGGUACAAACCGGGUCUGAGGACGGGAGCGUACAAACCGGGUCUGAGGACGGGAGCAAGGUGGAACAGAAGCCGGUACAAACCGGGUCUGAGGACGGGAGCAAGGUGGAACAGACGCCGGUACAAACCGGGUCUGAGGACGGGAGCAUAGUGGAACAGAUACCGGUACAAACCGGGUCUGAGGGUGGGAGCCAGGUGGAACAGACGCCGGUACAAACCGUGUCUGAGGAGGGGAGCAUAGUGGAACAGACGCCGGUACAAACCGGGUCUGAGGACGGGAGCGUACAAACCGGGUCUGAGGACGGGAGCAAGGUGGAACAGAAGCCGGUACAAACCGGGUCUGAGGACGGGAGCAAGGUGGAACAGACGCCGGUACAAACCGGGUCUGAGGACGGGAGCAUAGUGGAACAGACGCCGGUACAAACCGGGUCUGAGGAGGAGAGCAAGGUGGAACAGGCACCGGUACAAACCGGGUCUGAGGAGGGGAGCAAGGUGGAACAGGCGCCGGUACAAACCGGGUCUGAGGAGGGGAGCAAGGUGGAACAGGCGCCGGUACAAACCGGGUCUGAGGAGGGGAGCAAGGUGGAACAGGCGCCGGUACAAACCGGGUCUGAGGAGGGGAGCAAGGUGGAACAGACGCCGGUACAAACCGGGUCUGAGGACGGGAGAAAGGUGGAACAGACGCCGGUACAAACCGUGUCUGAGGACGGGAGCAUAGUGGAACAGACACCGGUAGAAAUCCUGGGUCAGAGGCCCCACGGAGCGUACACCUUAUUUGAGCUCAGUUUUGAGUUCAGUAAUGAAAACAAAAGACCACAGUACAGGACUCGUACUGAAAUUACAGUUGGUCUCAUGAUCACAUUUGAUCCGUUUGUACGACUCUUCAAGUUUGUAGGCCGGGCAGGACCAGCUUUAGUUAGCCUGGGUCACAACAUCCGCAACGCACUGACCGGUACCAGUGAUACACUGGCUGUUACCGAUAACGUCACCGGUCAGUGAAACAAAAGAAAUUCAGUUCAAAAGAAAUGUGUGUUCAAGUCCUUGCUCAGGGGCCAAAAUCUGGCAACUUUGCAGCAACGGGGCUUGAACCAACAACCUUCUGAUUACUUCAGUUAAAGAAGUUUAAUUCAAAAGAAAUGUGUGUUCAAGUCCUUGCUCAGGGGCCAAAAUGUGGCAACUUUGCAGCAACGGGGCUUGAACCAACAACCUUCUGAUUACUAAUCCUUAAAUAAAAUUGACUAAAGCUUAA